AUGCCCAUGGGCAUGACCCGAGCGAGACCUUCGAAAAAAGGAUGUCUCAGUUGCAAGAAGCUCAAAAUAAAGUGUGACGAGGCCAGACCCGUGUGUGAGUAUUGCAGACACAGAGGGAGACGAUGUGUGUACCCAGACGUGUUUCGAGUCGCUGGCGACCCACUUAAAGAGGCUCUGGAAGCCUACUCACUGCUGUCAAGCUCGAGCGAUUCGUCACCGUUCGAGGAGGAAAUCUUUUCUCAGUCUCGAGAUUUGACGUUUCAGGUCUUGUUAGGGUGUACGGCGCAACUGCUACAAUUGCUGCGAUUCGAGCUACGAGUACUUCGAUUCUUCAAUGAUUUGGCCGUUCCUUGGAUAACAUAUAAUGUGAACAGACGACAGGUUUACAUCUGGAAGAGUGUGGUGCCUCAGUAUUUUGGCACGUCUACAACUAUCAAGCUGGCUGUUUUGGCCUUGGGAUGUCUUACCGUUAUGCCAUUUUGCGGCUUGGAUAACGUGUUGGAGGAGGAAUCUAACGCAGAGGUCUUGGCCAGAAAAUUGGAGGCUGCUAGCGGGACUUGGAAGGUGCAGAGGUUGUUUGCAGAUGAUCAGUUGAUCGAACAAAACAAGCAAGACGUGAAUUUGUUCCGACGAGCCUCCGAGUACUUUGAAUCGGCGGUAAAGGGUGCCAGGGAGGUCCUAUUGGAGUAUCAAAAACCAGACUCAACGCAACAGGAGAGACUGCGCAGUAUUCUCGAGGCUUCGGUUGCAAAUUACCUUAUUUAUUGCUUUUUGGGCAUACAACCAUGGAAGUUGAUUCCUCUUGUGGACUUCUCCGAGCAAGAACCCAAGAGUGACAUGCUUAAUAUGGCUUUAGGGUUCAAGAAUGUUCUUCUCAGUAACUUUCCUCACUUGACGACAACAGCUGUUGGUGACAUCUUUCAGUUGGACGAGCUUCAAUUCACGCCUCGCCGUAAGGUUAAGUUUGUUGACGAUUUGAGGAAGCAAUUCGACGAGUUCCUUGGUGACAUCAGCUUCUUCGACAUCUCUCUGGAAGUGAGCACCAUGAUCAAUGAUAUUCGCGAGUGCUUGCUUGUAUUGGAAAAAGCUUUCAAUUUGUCGAUAAAAUUCAACUUUCCUGUGAUGUUAUACAAGUGGCUCGUGAUAAUGGCGCCUCAAAUUGUGCCUUACGUCAGAGCUAAAAACCUAUUUGCGUUACGUCUCUUGUACGCUUACGCUUGUAUAUGUGUACAUUGCAGACUUUGCCCCUUUGAGCAAAACUCUUGGAAAGACUACGUUGUGUGGUUCAGAGACGAGUAUGGACCACUCAAUGAAUUUGACGAGAGACUAUAUCACUAUGUGAUCACAAACAGAAAUUAUAUUAUUGAUGAUAAUUUCACCUCACUCAAAGACUUUGAGGUGUGGGCACCACAUUUUGAUUACACCUCAGGUAAUCCUUUAGCAUAUGUGAUGCAAUAA